UACUUUGCAAAGCCUAACUUUUUAGUUAAGCCAAUUUCCACAUCUACUUCAGAAAGAAUCUCUUUCUCUCACAUACAAACUCACAAGAAAAAAUGCCGUUUAUGAAUUACAUCGCACAAUGGAAAAGCGUUGCAAAAGAAGCAUUAGAUCGUUCAGCAAUAAUCGCAAAAUUCCUCUGUUACCUUCACUUCACUGGCAACUACCUCUGUUCACCUACACACGCUUAUGGACCUAGUAUGCUCCCAACCCUAAAUAUCGCCGGCGACGUUGUUUUGGUGGAGCAUGUUUCUCCGAGGAUUGGGAAAGUUGGUCAUGGUGAUUUGGUUCUUGUGAAGUCACCUUUGAACCCUAAUAGGAAUUUGACAAAAAGGGUUGUUGCUAUGGAAGGGGAUACUGUUACUUAUUUUGAUCCUUUGAAUUCUGAGGAUUCCAGAAUUGCUGUGGUGCCGAAGGGGCAUGUUUGGAUUCAAGGAGAUAACGUCUAUGCUUCGCGUGAUUCACGUCAUUUCGGUCCUGUUCCGUAUGGUCUUAUAAGAGGAAAAGUGUUUUUCCGGGUUUGGCCACCUAGUAGCUUUGGACGGUUAGAUAAUUGAAGAUAUUUUAAAGAAGUGCUUAUGGUCAGCCAUCCCUCAAAAUGCUACUUGGAUGGAGCUUCAAUGUUUUCCAUGAAUGUGGCUGUUUUCAAGGGUAACACCUCAAGGACCAUGCUCCUUUUCGCUGCUACGAAGGAUACAUGCAUUGGAGUUUGCUUGAGCACUGUGUUGUGUGUUACUCUAUAAACUUUGAAAAAGAACAGAGUUGCACAUUUAUAUGCAGAACAAUUGGUGGUUAGAAACCAAUCAAAACAUGCAUUUUACCCAUGAUAUUUUUUUUGAAAUUUAUAUGCAAGGUAGAGUUUCUUUGUUUUUGAUUGUUACAUUGUGAAUUUUUACCCUGAAAAUUGUAAACAUAGAUUCAGAGACAAAGUACUUCAUCCAUUUUGGCUCAUUUGUCAGGUUGGUUGUUUUGUUUUUAUGUCUGAAAUUAUUGAUUCGUUUCGUGAAAAUACACACUCAGGCAGCUUGAGUCGGGCUAUGAGGGUUGUCAAGAACUAAGUCAUGAAGUAAAUAUUUAAGAAUGAUUGUAUGUA